AUGGCCGACGCCGAGAGAGGCACUACGGUCGUCGAUGAAAAGGUCAUGUCAGACCAUAAAGAGCAUAUGAUGGGGGAAGUCGCCCAUGAUGCAGCAGAAAGGGGCCACCUCGCGACAGAUGAAUAUGGCCAGCCCCUGGUGGAAUUUGACAAGGCCGCCGAGUCACGAUUGCGACUCAAGAUUGAUUUAUAUAUCGUCCCAACUGUCGCAGUCAUGUAUCUCUUUUGUUUCAUCGAUCGAGCCAAUGUUGGCAACGCUAAAUUGGCCGGCUUCGACAAGGACCUCAAACUCGAGGGUUAUGAUUACAACGCUGUGCUCUCGAUCUUCUUCAUCUCAUAUAUUAUCUUUGAGAUCCCCAGUAAUGUCAUGUGCAAAUGGGUCGGGCCUGGAUGGUGGCUUCCAGCAAUCACAUUGGGAUUCGGUAUCUGUUCGGUCGCGACGGCUUUUGUUACCGAUAUGAACAGCGCAGCUGGCGUCCGCUUCCUUUUGGGCGUGUUCGAAGCAGGACUCAUGCCUGGAAUCGCGUAUUACCUCUCGCGUUGGUAUCGACGAAGUGAACUUGCCUUCCGUCUGUCGUUGUAUAUCGUUAUGGCUCCCCUCGCUGGGGCGUUUGGUGGCCUUCUGGCCUCGGGUAUUCUCCUGCUCGAUAAUUUUGGUUCUCUCCACAGCUGGCGUAUGAUCUUCGCGAUCGAAGGCAUCGUGACAAUUGGAAUUGCUGUCGUCGCAUUCUUCACGUUGACUGACCGACCUGAGACAGCCAGGUGGCUCUCCCAGGAAGAGAAGGAUCUGGCUAUUGCUCGUGUCAAAUCUGAACGUGUUGGUACGACGGAGGUCCUCGACAAGCUUGAUCUAGCUAAGACACUACGUGGUAUCUUCAGCCCAGUGACCUUCGUAACCGCGUUAAUCUUCAUGUUGAACAACAUUACUGUUCAGGGUCUUGGAUUCUUUGCGCCUACCAUUGUCAAAACCAUCUACCCCAAUGCCACUGUGGUAUCUCAACAGUUGCACACAGUGCCUCCUUAUGUCGUCGGCGCAUUCUUCACCUUGCUAUUCCCGUUCCUUAGCUGGCGAUUCGAUCAUCGCCUCAUCUUCUUCAUCAUCAGCCCGCCGCUAAUGAUGACCGGUUAUAUAAUGUUCCUGGCUAGCGAAGACGGCAUGGUACGAUAUGGGGCCACCUUUAUUAUCGCCUGUGGAGCCUUCUCCUUCGGCGCUCUAUGUACUGCACACGCAUCGGCGAAUGUGAUCUCCGACACCGCGAGAUCUUCGGCUAUUGGAACUACGGUGAUGUUCGGAAAUAUCGGCGGGCUGAUCAGCACCUGGUCAUUCUUGCCUUUUGAUGGGCCCAAUUAUCCUAUUGGUAAUGGGCUCAACUUGGCAACUUCAACUACUACCCUACUUCUUGGGGCCGGCCUAUGGGCCUAUAUCGUAUGGGACAAUCGGCGCCGUGCGCGUGUCGAUGUCCACAGCGCCUUGGCGGGACUAUCGCAGCAACAGAUUCAGGAUAUGGACUGGCGCAAUCCUGGAUUCCGCUGGCGGCCAUAG